AUGUUGGCGAAAUUAAGUGUUGUAUCAAUGAUUGGUCAAAAAGAUCUCGCUGUUCUCAAUACAACUUCUUUCGGAGUUGGGUUCCUUAUCAAAAUUGUUGGAUUAAAGAUAAUAGAUUUAACUAUGACUCGUACAAAUCAGAAAAGAAAAGCUACAUCCUCUGUUCCUUCAAAAAUUUCCAACGGAGAUAAAAAAGACCAAACACCGGGAAACAAAAAAUCUAUAUCGAAUGGAUCCAAUUAUCCUAAAGUGAAUACGCAAGAAAAGAAUGAACAUGCGAUCGUGAGAAGUUCUUUUAAAGAUACUAAGGCAGAAAUAAGUGAUUUUCCUAGAGGUGGUAAGGCAUCCGAGUAUUCAAUUAAAAAUGGAAAGGAAAGAAACCAUCGAGAUGGUAUCUUUAAUGAUGAUGAAGGCAAUAAAUCAUCGGAUGAGGAGUUAGAAGAAUUGCCUUUCAAGAAAAAGAGAAAAUCCGUAUCAAAAUCAAAAUCAUUGAAAUUUGCAAAGGAUGCAGAUGCUAAGUUUGAUAAUUUCAAAAAAGAUUCGGUGGAAUUAUUGUCAAUUCAACAUCUUAACGUUGGAGCAUAUUUGUUGGGACGAAUUGUACAAGUAAAUUCCGUGAAUUUGGUUGUAUCACUUCCGUAUCAAAUGGAUGAGAGUGAAAAGGAUAAAAAUCAAUUACCAGAAUUAUCGUCGUUAUUUAGAAUAGGUCAAUGGAUUCGUUGUAAAGUUUCUCGUCUUGAAUCUCCGGUUACCGCUACAUCAAAACAUUGGCGUAUUCACCUAACGUUAGUACCAGAUGAAGUUAAUUCCGAUAUAAUAGUUACUGACUUGUCUAAAGGAAUGGUCAUGUCAGCUUCCGUUGAAAGUUUGGAAGACCAUGGAUAUAUUCUUUCUAUUGGAUUGGAUGGUAUCAGUGGAUUUUUGCAUAAUGAUGACGCGAAAAAAUAUAUAGAUAGUUAUAAUGAUGGUAAUGAAUUUAUUGUGGGACAAGUUAUUACCGUUAGUGUUAUUGAUGAGUUGGACAACAGGCGAACUGUUAAGUUGACAGCAGAUCCAGAAAUUGUUUCUAAAACAAGAAUUUCUGAUGCUACAGUACAUAAUAUUUGUUCGCUUCUUCCUGGAAAUUUAAUUACAGCAAUUGUAACAGAAGUUUGUUCAAAUGGUUUACGUGUAAAGGUAAUGGGUCUUUUAGAUGGAGUCAUUGAUUUUUUCCAUGGUCCAAAAAUCUUGAAAGAUUCUCAAGAAUUCCAUGAGAAUUUUAAAAUAGGUCGCAAAGUUCAUGGUAGAAUUAUUUAUGUCUCUUUCACAACUGAGGCCAAAAGGAUAAGAUUAUCUCUUUCACCGCAUGUUAUUAAAUUGGAACAAACUAAAUUAGAUAUUGACAGAGAGAUGUCAAUUGAUAAGGCUCCGAUAGGGGAAAUACUGGAAAAUGUUACGGUCAAAAAAGUUGAUAGGCGUAAAGGUGUAUUGGUGGAAAUUGAAAGUAUUAAUAUUAAUGGAUAUGUUCGGUUUUCAGAUUCAGAAAACACAAAUGAUUUGAUACCAGGCUCAGCUCAUCGAGCUCGUGUAAUUGGAUUUGCUGCCGUUGAUAAUCUCUUGUUAUUAUCAACCAAGAAGUCUGUUCUGGAACAAAAAUAUUUUAGAUUUGAUGACUGUAAAAUUAUAAACAUUAUAGACAAUGGAAUUUUGGUUUCAUUAUCUGAUAAUAUAACAGCAUUAGCUCCAAACACACACCUUUCCGACAAAAUAUUUACUCAUCCAUCUCAAAAAUUCAAAAUUGGAACUACUCAUAAGUGUCGAGUUCUUAACACGGACCCGCCUAAAAAUCAUAUUUACGUUACCUUCCGUCCUAUACUUAUAAAUUCCGAUUUGCCAAUCUUCAAAUCAUUUGAUGAUAUUAAAUCCGGAAUCGUUACUCAUGGAAUCAUAUCCGGGAUUAUAGGACAAGGUUGUAUUGUACAAUUCUUUGGUGGGUUAAAAGCUUUUAUACCGAUUAAUCAAUGUGGUAUUGAAUCGAUAAAGAAUCCAAAAGAUCAUUUUCGAAUCGGACAGAUUGUAAAAUGUAGGAUCACGAAAGUUGUAAAGGAUAAGGAAUUGAUUAUGGGAAGUUUCCAAAUUAAUGAUGCUACAAAUUGUGAUCUAAGUGAAAUUAAUUUGGGUGAUGUAAAACAAAUACAUCUUAAUGACGUUUUAAGUAAUUUAAUGGUUCUUGCAAAAAAUGAACAAAAAGGUUUCAUUAAUGUAACAAAAAAACCUUUAUUAAUUGAAGCGAAAAUGAAUAAUAAGUUCCCAGGAAAAUUAGAUGAUAUUAAAGUAGGAGACAUAGUGUGUGGGUACGUCAAAAGUGUUACCGAUUACGCCGUUUUCAUAGGAUUUUUGGGAGGAUUUAGUUCUAGAGCUACAAGAGACAAAUUAGCAGAUCAUUUUAUUGCUAGCCCAGUUGGGAUUUUUCAUGUUAAUCAAUCAAUUGUUGGUUUAAUAACGCAUAUUGAUAAAGAAACAACAAAAUUCGAUAUUUCAUUAAAACCAUCAGAAAUUUCCAUUAGCAAAUCUUUGUCAUUUAUUAAUCAAGGUAAUUUUAUUAAAUCUUAUUUUGAGGAACUUUUACAUGUGGGAAAAAAUUCGACUAGGCAGGAAGACAUGAAAGUAAUGAUCGGAGAACGUGUAAAGUGUUGGAAAGUUAAAGUUAUUAUGGUAAAUGAAAAUAAUUCCAAAAAGAUCAAAGGAACAAUUAGCGAAGAACAAGCUAAUACUAGUAGUGAUAUUAAAGAAGGUGAUCAAAUAGAGGGUGUCAUCCUUGAUAUGGAUAUGAAAGGAAAGAAUAUUGAUUUGGGCAUUCGACAUAAAAUGAAGCGAAACAAAAACAAGAAUAUUACCGACAGUGUCGUUAGCAGAAAAGAGUUGAAAAAGCUUUUAAAUGAAAAGACAUUGAUCGAUGCGAUAAUAGAACAAGUUAAAGAAGAUUAUAUUAUUGUGUCAUUACCCGGGCAAUCUAACAUUAUAGCAUUCGCAGCAUCAAAGACCUUUAAUAAUCGUUCCUCACCUUUUAUGAAAUAUCAAUUUGGACAAACCAUCAAAGUUCAAAUAACUCACGUGCCUCAUCAUCAUCACAAAAAAUCAUUUAAAGAUUCCGCAUUUCAAAAGCACACUUUACAACAUCGUGUAUUGGUAUCUAUUAUAGCAUCAGAUCAAGAUGAUAAGUUAAUAAUAUCAGGAACAAAAACUAUUGAUGAUUUUGUUGAAGGUCAAGUUAUUAAAGGUACUGUUUCGGGUGUGGAAAAUUAUGGAAUAUUUAUAAAGAUUGAUCAUAGUAUUGUAAGUGGACUGUGUCAUAAAUCAAAAAUAUCUGAUGAUUAUGUUAAGGAAGUGAGUAGCUUGUUUAAAAUUGGAGAUCAAGUCAAAGCAAAAAUUUUGAGCAUUGAUAAAGAGAAGCAGAAGGUCGGUUUUGUCAUGAGGAAGAGUUAUUUUGAUAGUGACGACGAUCAAAUGGAUACGGAUGAAAAUGAGAGUGAAGAAGAGGGUUCAGAAGAGGGUUCGGAAGAUGAGCAAAUGGAGGUUGAUAAAGAUUUAGCCGAUAAAUCCAGAUCAAUGAACCUACAUUGGGAAAUCGAUUCAUAUGAUAAGAAUUCAAAUAAUAUUGAAAGUGAAGAAGAUGAUGAUAUAAUCGAGUUACAAAUAGAUUCUAAUGAACAGAAUGAAGUUGCACCAUUAUCGAUUUCAGGUUCUUGGAAAUGGGAAGAGGAUAAUGAUUCCUCUAAAAAACGUUCAAAUCGAGAAGAAACUUCACCAAAUCAUUCAGAGCUUGAAUUAGAAGACGAGCAAAUGUCUCAAAAGAAAAAAAAUAAGAAAAAAUCCAAACAUCUUGAAUUGGUUGAUAAAACUGGUGAUUUAAUGACACAAAAACCCGAAGUUGAUGUGGAUUUUGAAAGAUUAUUAAUAGGAUCACCCAAUUCUUCGUAUCUAUGGAUGCAAUAUAUGGUUCAUCAAAUUAAAUUAUCUGAAAUCGAUAAAGCAAGAGAAAUUGGUGAAAGAGCUUUGAAAAUCAUUAAUUUCAGAGAACAACAAGAGAGGUUGAAUAUAUGGAUUGCCUUGAUGAAUUUGGAGAAUAAUUAUGGUAGUGAUGAAACCAUGGCCAAAAUUCUUACUAGAGCUUUACAAGCUUGUGAUCAAAAGAAAAUCUAUACGAUCCUUAUAGAGAUUUAUGAAAAAUCGAAUAAGCUCGAACUCGUAGAAAGUACUUAUAAUACUAUGAUUAAGAAGUUUUCACAAAGCUCCAAAGUCUGGAUUAAAAUGGGACUCUACUAUAUUCAGAAUGGUAAAAUCGAAGGUGCGAGAGCUUUAUUACAAAGAAGUUUAAAAAUUUUACCAAAACGAAAACACGUUAAGACCAUUACAAAAUUCGCUCAAAUGGAAUUCAAACAUGGUGAGGUAGAAAGAGGACGAACUAUAUUUGAAGGGAUGAUGAAUAAUGACCCUAAAAGAAUUGAUUUAUGGUCAAUUUAUAUUGAUAUGGAAAUUAAAGCUAAAGAUUAUAAUGCUGUCAGACGUCUAUUUCAACGCGUUAUAAGUUUGAAAUUUUCCUCAAAAAAGAUGAAAUUCUUAUUUAAAAAAUGGUUACAGUUUGAAAUCGAACAUGGUAAUGAAGAACAAGUCGAAGAAGUUAAAGAAAAAGCUAAAGUUUUUGCCGAAACCAUGAGUUAA